CCCGCCCCAGGGCUGAAACUAACCGGAGAACCCGGGCUAGCAGCUGAAAGCUUGGGUUCUGGGGCGGAAACAGAGCAGAGAACUAGGCCUCGAGCUGAAAAUGACAAGAGAAAAGGCUGGGAGCCGGCUGGGGGGGGGGGGGGGGGGCUGAAACUGACCAGAGAAUCUCGGCUUCGGGGGUGGAAUUGACUGGAGGAAAUCAGCUUCCGGGCUGAAACAGACUAGAGAACCGGGAGUAUCGCGGGGCUACACCGAGGCCCGCGUCAGGAAGCUUUGGGACUUGCGACCUCAAAGGAGCCCAAAGGCCCCGGCCCCUCCCCUCCCCCUGGUCUAGGCCCAGACCAGCCUGGAGCAAGGACUCCCACGCCUCUCCCCGGUCCCGCUCUUCACUCCUGCGGUCCGUGAGGGGGCGGCCUCCAGGCGGCAGAGGGCGGGCUCGGUCCUGGCUCUCUCCCCGCCCCCGGCCCGGCCCCCCUUCCCCCGCGCGGGUGACAUUGAGCGGGCCAGAGUGCAGGCACUGCUCCGGCUUUCCCCGCCCCCGCGCCCAUUAUGGCGGCUUCGGGCGCUGCGGCGGCCGCUUCGCAGCUUCUCGGCCGGAGGAGCCUGGGCGUGGUCCCGGCUCUCUGCUGUGCCCGGAGGACUCUGGCCUCGGCCUCCCAGACGUCGGGGGAGCUCCGGGUGACCCAAGUCCUGCAGGAGAAGUUCCCUCGGGCGGCUGCUAUCCGUGUCACGGACAUCUCAGGGGGCUGCGGGGCCAUGUACGAGAUCCACAUCGAGUCGGAGGAGUUCAAAGACAAGCGGACGGUCCAGCAGCACCAGAUGGUGAACCAGGCCCUGAAGGAAGAGAUCAAAGGGAUGCACGGCCUCCGCAUCUUCACCUCCAUCCCGAAGCCCUGAAGGCCAGAGCCGGGCUGGGCCGCCCCGCUGAGACCAGACCCCGGGAGGGGAUGGACGACUCCCUGAGGCCCCCCCGCUGCCCCUCCUGUGCCCCCCCGGUGUCUCCCAGCCUCCGGCCUCCUGCACCCUCCGGCUCAGGGAGCUCCCGGGCCUGCAGCUGCUCAUUAAAGACUCCCCGGACUCGGGCGGCCUCUCUCCGUGUCCUUUGCUUUCUCCGGGGGUGCUCUGCCCGGGGUGGGCACGCCUGGCACCUUCCUGGGCAGAAGAGCAGCCCGCACUGCCCCGCGGGGCCCUAGGCACGUGCCUGGGGCCCCAUGGAGCUGGGUGAGAAUGGUGCCAUGACUGCUGGUGCCCACAGGGCGGGCCGCUGAGGCUUGGCUUCCUGUGGAGGAGACCCCCCCAGGUGGCUGCCAGCAUCACCUCCAAGACUUGGGACCCGUCUGGAGCUCCUCUGCCAGCCAUCGAGUGUCCUUCGAUGCCUGCCCGGAUGUCCUGUGGGCACUGCCACACUGGCCUUCCUUGUCCUCUUCAUCCACCCUGACCGGCUCCUCUUGGGAUCCCUACUUACUUUGGGGCUCGGCUCCGGUACCUCCUUCUCCAGGAAGCCCUCCUGGCCUCCCGGUGAUCCCUUUCCCAUGUCCUGGGGGCGAGGAGGGGGAUGCUGCAGCAGUGUUUGCGGAUGAGAGCAGCCGGGUGGCCCUGGACGAGUCAUUUCACCCCCUUGCCCUCUGCCAGGGGAUGGAGGCACAGGACGGAUUUGAAGACUGAAGGCAAAGGCUGAAAAGGAGCCGGGAGCCGGCAGGGGAAGCGCCCAGGAGGAGGCUCAGCCGGUGCCUGGUCGCCCGGCCGUGGCUUGAGGCUCUUCUCUCCUCCUCCUCCUCGGCGCAGGCCCGGCUCGGAGUGGGCUCGCUCCCUUCGGAGGCACCAGAGGCGGCUGGGGAGAAGAGACUCGCCCAGAGCUUGGCCAGAGGGCUGCAUGCGAGACCCUCCCCGGGGGCUCCCUCGCCCUCCCUGUGCCACUGGGCAGCCCAAGCCGGCUCGCCUCAUCCUGCCGCCUUGCCCGUCCCAGAUUCCUCGCCGUCAGCCGCGUCGUAGGCGCUUAAUAAACGCUUGUUGCCUUGA